GCCGAGCGGGCAGCAUUGCAAGGGAGGAUUUGCUCCGGUGGAAGCCGCUGCCAGGCCUGAGACUGUCAGUUUCUCCUCCCCUCUUUAGCCCAGAAAUCUGAGCUCGUGAGGAGGGAAGCCAUGAUGAUGAUUAAUGCGGGGAUUGCAUUGCAUUUAGGGAGUGGGGCAGUUCAGGGUUGUGUCUUCUUGCGCCUCUGCCUUGUCGAAUGGAGCGCUUAAUAUUUUAACAUUUUAAUGCAAAUAGUACUAGUUGGAGUGCUACUGGCCACCUCCAACCUCAGAGGCAGGAUGCCUCUCAAUCCCAGUUGCAGGGGAGCAAGAGCAGGAGAGAGGGCAUGCCUUCGUUUCUUGCCUGUGGGCUUCUCAGAGGCAUCUGGUGGGCCACUGUGGGAAACAGGAUGCUGGACCAGAUGGGCCUCCUUGGGCCUGAUCCAGCAGGGCUCUUCUUAUGAACUUUCCCCCUCAUUAUGAAACCAUCUCUCCUGUUCUUAUUUAUCUUUAAUGUUUAGAGGGGUGUGUGUUUUCUCUAACUAUACUCUUUUAUCUUGCUUUUUUGGGGGGGGGGGGAUGAGGUUCAAAUCCUGCCAUCUCCAGGUAAUGCUGAGAAACACCCCUGUCUGAAAUCCUCAAUGAGUGCUGCUGCCAGUCAGUGUUGACUGCUCAAGAUAGCCCCAUGCUCUGACUCGGCAUAAGGCAGUAUUUUGUGUAACGUAUGUGCAAUAGAUGGGCUCUUGUGGCUUUAUUAAAAACUUUGGACCUUUCUUAUGCCGUAUUUGGGAUAUAACAACUAUUAAAUGCCGCAUCCCUUCUUUUAAAAAAUCAUAAUAAUUGUACCAUGUAUUCUUUUAUUUAUAGAUGGAAGCAGAAAGCCCCGUCAAAGAAACCAUCCUUAUUACGGGAGGAAGUGGUUAUUUUGGUUUCCGGCUGUGCCCUUUCCAAAAAGGGAGUGGGUGUGAUUCUAUUUGAUGUCUCGGAGCCCAUCCAAGCAAUGCCGGACGGAGUGAGAUUUGUGCAGGGCGAUGUCCGUGUAGCCUCUGAAGUGGAGGAAGCACUCCGAGGUGUGAGUUGCAUCUUCCAUACGGCUUCCUUCGGAAUGUCUGGCCGGGAGCAGCUGAACUGGAAACGUAUCGAAGACGUGAAUGUGAAAGGAACCGAGAAUGUCAUUGAAGCGUGCAGGAGAACCGGAGUCCCACGGCUGGUUUACACAAGCACCUACAAUGUCGUCUUUGGGGGCCAAGUCAUUGAAAAUGGGGAUGAGUCUCUGCCUUACUUGCCUCUCCACCUUCACCCUGACCAUUAUUCCAGGACCAAAGCAGUAGCUGAGAUGAAAGUUCUGGAGGCCAAUGGGACCCUGCCAGGGGCCCUAAGAACUUGUGCCUUGAGACCUGCUGGCAUCUAUGGACCUGGAGAGCGGAGACACCUUCCAAGAAUCGUUAACUACAUCGAACGGGGGUGGUUCCAGUUUGUGUAUGGGGAUCCGAGCAGUCUAGUGGACUUUGUGCAUGUCGAUAAUCUAGUAGAAGCUCAUAUCUUAGCUGCAGAAGCUCUGCGAGCUACCAAAGAGCAUAAGGCAGGAGGCCAAGCGUACUACAUUUCCGACGGUAGGCCAGUCAACAACUUUGAGUUCUUCCGCCCUCUGGUGGAGAGCUUGGGCUACACGUUUCCAACGCUCCGCCUCCCUCUUUCCGUGGUAUACUUCUUCGCGUUUCUCACGGAAAUGGUCCACUUCGUGGUCAGGCGUUUGUAUAACUUCCAGCCCCUCCUCACACGCACCGAGGUUUACAAAACGGGAGUCACACAUUAUUUCAGCUUGGGGAAAGCCAGGAGGGAGCUGGGAUACGAGCCCCAACAGUACAAUCUAGAGGAAGUGGUUGAGUGGUUUAAAUCCCAAGGCCACGGUCAGAAGCUUGGAAGGUACACCAUCAAACACUGGUUUCGAGAUGCGGUCAUUGUCGUACUGUUUGCCGUGCUGGUCCUUUCGUGGUUCCCCAAAGCAGUAAGAGCAUCCAGUGGGGAGACCAAAUACUAACAUUAUCAGUGGCUAUUAGUCUGGUGGCUUUAGCCCACUUGCAACCUCAGAGGCAACAUGCCUCUAAGUACCAGUACCAGGGGAGCAACAGCUGGAGAGAGGGCAAGCCCUCACCUCUUGCCUGUGUGCUUCUCGGAGGCAUCUGGUAGGCCACUGUGUGAAACAGGAUGCUGGACUCGAUGGGCAUUGGGCCUGAUCCAGCAGCGCUGUUUCUUUGUUCUUAACAGUGCAGACUUUGGGUGGUGGUUUUUUGUUUUUUUUGUUUUUAAAUGCUGCUAAAAGACAGAUAUGUCAGGAAGAGGCCUUAUUUUCAUAUUGCCUGGGGGCGGGGGGAUUGCCAGUUCUCCUCCCAGAGUACUCUAUCGCAUGAUGCAAAGUUUACUUUAUGGAAUUCAUUUGCACAAGUUGUAGAUGGUCACUAGCUUAGCUGGCAUUGAAAGGGGAUGACACAAAUUCAUGGAGGACAGACCUUCGUAUCCUGCUUGGGGGCUGCCUGAAGGCAUCCAGUUGGGCAUUGCAGAAAACAGGAUGUUGGAUUGUACAUGAGCCAGAUGGGGUGAUCAGUACCUUCUGGGGGUCACAUGUGAUUUUGACACGGUCUAUGCCCCUAGAGAUGGAAAAUAAGCAAUAGCCUUGCAGUGCUUCCAGUGUGUUCUUAUGCUUUUUGUGUCCUGACCUUCCAGCCUGCAGGGGCCAAAUGUACAAUGGUGUUUUAAAAGCUUUUCAAAUGUUAUAAACGGGAAAAAAGACUACUAGAUUUCAUUGAUUUUGUCGGAGGAAUGGAAAUGACAAUUGGCAGGAAUGUCCUCCAAAGAUUACCCCAUGGAGAGAGCACAAUUAUUUGUUCAUUGUUACUCUAAACUUCAUCCGAACCCUUUAUGCAAAAAUGACCCUUUAUGCAAAAAUGUCUGCAAUUUUACCCUAAGCAUUUGCGGGUAGGGAUAAGGAAGGGGUAAUAACAUAGAGAAAGCUGCAAGUGCCACACUGCUAUCAGUUUUUGCGGGUCAACGUUGCAAGAGAUGCAUUCAUUCCCUGAGAUGGAAACAAUGGUCAAAAUUUGUGGCCCUGACUCAUGGACAGGCUAUUCUGAGCUUCUCUUCUCUUCCGUCUGUAACGUUUUAUUGCUUCUUUCUAGAGCAGGUUAAUAGCAAAUAAUUGCUGGGCCCAUCUGCUUGAAAAAGCUCAAGGUUUAUGUGUAUAUAUUUUUAAUCCCUGCUUACAAGUUGAUGCCCAUGGGUACAAAAUGCUAAUCAUAUUUAAUUUUCUAGCAACUUAUGACUUCAAAGUUUUCUUCCCAGAAUCAUUCUUCCAAAGACUUCAGCUUUCUUCUUACUUCAUGUUCCCUUGCUUAUAAUGUUCCUUCUGAAGCUGCAAAAUAAAAAAAACUUGAAGCAGGUCUA